AUGGCGGCCGGGCCAGGGAGUGAGUAUAGACACUUGCUUCGUUGUAAACAUACAUUAUUAUUUUUGUAUUAAUAAAAUCAUCAAACACACAGAUCUAGCUAUGGCAGUUAUGUAUAAUGCUUAAUAACUUCCCUUUAGGGCAUGUAGUGUUAACCCCUGUAAUGCCAAAUCCACAUCAAUGUUUGGGCGCAGUAAUAACUGUGUGUGUAUGUAUAUACUGUAUGUGACUGUGUGUAUACUGUGUGUGACUGUGUGUAUACUGUAUGUGACUGUGUGACUGUGUGUAUACUGUAUGUGACUGUGUGUGACUGUGUGUAUACUGUAUGUGACUGUGUGUGACUGUGUGUAUACUGUAUGUGACUGUGUGUGACUGUGUGUAUACUGUAUGUGACUGCGUGUAUGUAUAUACUGUGUGUGACUGUGUGUGUAUGUAUGUGACUGUGUGUGUAUGUAUAUACUGUGUGUGACUGUAUGUAUAUACUGUGUGUGACUGUAUGUAUAUACUGUGUGUGACUGUAUGUAUAUACUGUGUGUGACUGUAUGUAUAUACUGUGUGUGACUGUAUGUAUAUACUGUGUGUGACUGUAUGCAUAUACUGUGUGUGACUAUGUAUAUACUGUGUGUGACUGUGUAUGUAUAUACUGUGUGUGACUGUGUAUGUAUAUACUGUGUGUGACUGACUGUGUAUGUAUAUACUGUGUGUGACUGUAUGUAUAUACUGUGUGUGACUGUGUGUAUAUACUGUGUGUGACUGUGUAUAUACUGUGUGUGACUGUGUGUAUAUACUGUGUGUGACUGUGUGUAUAUACUGUGUGUGACUGUGUGUAUAUACUGUGUGUGACUGUGUGUAUAUACUGUGUGUGACUGUGUGUAUAUACUGUGUGUGACUGUAUGUGUAUACUGUGUGUGACUGUAUGUGUAUACUGUGUGUGACUGCGUGUAUGUAUAUACUGUGUGUGACUGUGCGUGUAUGUAUAUACUGUGUGUGACUGUGCGUGUAUGUAUAUACUGUGUGUGUAUGUAUAUACUGUGUGUGACUGUAUGUAUAUACUGUGUGUGACUGCGUGUAUGUAUAUACUGUGUGUGACUGCGUGUAUAUAUAUACUGUGUGUGACUGUGCGUGUAUGUAUAUACUGUGUGUGACUGUGCGUGUAUGUAUAUACUGUGUGUGACUGUGCGUGUAUGUAUAUACUUUGUGUGACUGUAUGUAUAUACUGUGUGUGACUGCGUGUAUGUAUAUACUGUGUGUGACUGCGUGUAUGUAUAUACUGUGUGUGACUGUAUGUAUAUACUGUGUGUGACUGUAUGCAUAUACUGUGUGUGACUAUGUAUAUACUGUGUGUGACUGUGUAUGUAUAUACUGUGUGUGACUGUGCGUGUAUGUAUAUACUGUGUGACUGUGCGUGUAUGUAUAUACUGUGUGUGACUGUGUAUGUAUAUACUGUGUGUGACUGUGCGACUGUAUGUAUAUACUGUAUGUGACUGUGCGUGUAUGUAUAUACUGUGUGUGAAUGUGUAUAUACUGUAUGUGACUGUGUAUGUAUAUACUGUGUGUGACUGCGUGUAUGUAUAUACUGUGUGUGACUGUGCGUGUAUGUAUAUACUGUGUGUGACUGCGUGUAUGUAUAUACUGUGUGUGACUGUGCGUGUAUGUAUAUACUGUGUGUGACUGUGCGUGUAUGUAUAUACUGUGUGUGACUGUGCGUGUAUGUAUAUACUGUGUGUGACUGUGCGUGUAUGUAUAUACUGUAUGUGACUGUGUGUGUAUGUAUAUACUGUGUGUGUAUGUAUAUACUGUGUGACUGUGUGUGUAUGUAUAUACUGCGUGUAUGUAUAUACUGUGUGUGACUGCGUGUAUGUAUAUACUGUGUGUGACUGCGUGUAUGUAUAUACUGUGUGUGACUGUGCGUGUAUGUAUAUACUGUGUGUGACUGUGCGUGUAUGUAUAUACUGUGUGUAUGUAUAUACUGUGUGUGACUGUGCGUGUAUGUAUAUACUGUGUGUGACUGUGCGUGUAUGUAUAUACUGUGUGUGACUGUGCGUGUAUGUAUAUACUGUGUGUGACUGUGCGUGUAUGUAUAUACUGUGUGUGACUGUGCGUGUAUGUAUAUACUGUGUGUGACUGUGUGUGUAUGUAUAUACUGUGUGUGACUGUGUGUAUGUAUAUACUGUGUGUGACUGUGUGUGUAUGUAUAUACUGUAUGUGACUGUGUGUGUAUAUACUGUAUGUGACUGUGUGUGUAUAUACUGGAUGUGUAUGUACUGUAUGUGACUGUUUGUAUAUGCUGUGUGUGUGUGUAUAUAUACUGUAUGUGACUGUGUGUAUGCUGUGUGUGUAUGUAUAUACUGAAUGUAACUGUGUGUGUAUAUGCUGUGUGUAUGUAUAUACUGCAUGUGACUGUGUGUAUGUAUAUACUGUAUGUGACUGUGUGUGUAUAUAUUAUACACACACUAUAUAGCAGUGCUGGCUUACUUUGGGACCCUACAUGAUUCUGAAUCAUGUUUUUCAUGCUGCUUAGUUGGCCUCUAGUUUGGCUGAGCAUCAUGGUAUUUGUAAUUAAGCAAUAUCUGGGUUAUCCAACUUGUAUAUCACCAGUAAAUACUCUGGUGUCCGUGUAAUCGUCUCUUAUAUUAUGUAUAUGUGUAAUGCGUCACUGUAAGGAUGUGUUUAUUGAUAGGUCACCUGAAGUGUCCUUGGACACUUUGCCAGUCAAAAUGUGUUCACUAUAUAUGUAUGAUGCCCAAAAUAAACCAGUGAAUUUGUAUGAUAUGGAUAACUGUUCAAUGGGCACAAUAAAUGAGGCAUAUUAAACUCAGCAAUGUUCCACAAACCUAACAGUAAAUUAUGCAUAAAUCGGAAAACCCCAAGAAACAGUCUGGUCAAUUUAAAGGACCUAUAUGACAAUUUUUAUUUUUUUCAGCUUAUUGGAUACCUUAUUUAAUGUUUUUACUGUACUGUAUCAUAGGCAGGUGCUUUCUAGGUAGAAAUAAUAAUAGCAUUUCUAAUAGGCAUGAUCCAUACGCCUAACAACAGUUUUUAUAUGUACUAAGUCUGGGUUCUGUCACAAGUGUUUUUUUGGGGGUGAGGUUUUUUUGCACAGCCUGAUGGUAGUAGCUAUGGUUUGUGCCAUUAAAUAAAUGCUAUUUUUUUAAUGUGUUUAUAUUGUACACCAUGCUGAACAAUGAAUUACUGCAACUGUUUUCCAUAUUAUCUGCACUGUUUGCGCUUCUUACCCUGCGUGGGAAAACUGUUUAAUUUGAAGAUUUUAGUACAUGUGACCAUAAUAUUCACUUGACAAUUAGAUACCAAUCCGCUCAGAGACCUAAUGUAAUUAAUCCAAGUUACAUGUUCUUUUCGGAUGAUUUAAUUUCCCUGAGUAACAAACUCAUAUCCGAUACCAGUUGCUUACUACUUCCGCGCAGGUGAUGAUAAGUUAUUGUAUACCAUGCUGUCUUGGCACAUACAAGUUAUAUAACUGGAUUCCCCAUAGUGUCAUUGUGCACUGGCUUUGCAAGAACAGUUGUGUGUAAGGCACUUUGGAAAAAUACCCGCCUGUACUCCUAGAUCAUUUUUUAGCAGAUGUCAGAAAUAUUAUGGAGCAAUGAUAAAUAUUCUUAUACCUACCACUUCUGUACUUCUCUACUUAACAAACACUUUAACACCAUUGUUUUCCUUGAUGAAGGAUUGAGGAGCUGUAACUAUCUGAAAACAAAAAAUUCUAAUAGUGCCAUAAUUCUAAUUGUAUAAUUGAUGCAGUUCUAAUCAGUCCAAUCUUCUGUAACAAUUGUUCCAAGCUUAGAGUUUUUGUUUUGCAUGAAUACAUAGGGUCCAGCAUUAUAUUUUAGAUCACAAAGUUGCUUGAGCAGUGCCGUCUUCAACUCUUUUUCCUGUAUGACAGACUUUAUUGAUGAUCAGUUUGUUUGCCGAGGCAUUGAUUGACAGCUGGGAGAGAAACACAUUUUUAAAUAGGCUUUUCUUCUAAUCUAUACAUUUGCUAGCACAAUGUAUAGAUAUAACCUCGUGCUCAGUCUAAUUAGCAUGAGUUGUUUGGUGCAUGACAUGUCACCUUUAAACGGACACUGCCCAAUUUUUUUUUUUAAAUCAAUGGUUAGUAGAUAUGCCCUCAAUGAAAGCAUGCAUAUAUGUAAUUAUGCCUUUUGUUUAUUCAGAAUAUAUCUAAAAACAAGGCAGGGGCUCUGGGCAAUUGCUACCUUUUAAAUUUAGCCCCACUGAGCUAAACAAAUAGGAAGUAACAGGACAGGUUGUCUGACAGGCAGGGGGAGGUAUAACAAGGUUAAUUUAUAAAAGUUCCAAUUUCCAUAGUGAGCUGCACUUUUUGUAAAAUAAAAAAAAAAAAGACACUCUUCACAGAUAAAGCACUUCAGCAAGUUUAAAUGGGGGGUCUGGAGUUUCCCUUUAAAUAAGUUACAAUGCAACCCUUUAAUUACAGAUGUUUAAAAGAGGGAAGCAUUAUAAAUAUCUAAUUGUGAUCUUAAGCUUACAUUUUCCAUAAGCCUUAGAAAGGUGAGAUGUGGCCCCCUUCCAUUUGAACAACCAUGUUAAAAAGAAGUGUUGGAAUUGUAAUGUUGCUGGGUAAAAGUUGGUGCAGUUGUGGUCAAAGUUUUGAAAAGUUAGCAUGGACAUUCUAUGGUGACUGCACACAUUUUAUAACAGUUGCUUUCUAUGUUGUUGUCUUGUUUGUACGCCACAAUAGUAAUUUUGAAUGUAUUUUCCAACUCUGUUAUGGUUUUGUAGCUCGGCUAUUUUGAACUAAAAUUUGCAAUUCCUUUGUUAGUUUUCCACAAUGGUUUUGUAACCUUAAAGGACCACUAUAGUGCCAGGAAAACAUACUCGUUUUCCUGGCACUAUAGUGCCCUGAGGGUGCCCCCACCCUCAGGGUCCCCCUCCCGCCCGGCUCUGGAAGGGGAAAGGGGUAAAAACUUACCUUUUUCCAGCGCUGGGCGGAGAGCUCUCCUCCUCCUCUCCGCCUCCGUUACGCCCCGCCGGCUGAAUGCGCACGCGCGGCAAGAGCUGCGCGCGCAUUCAGCCGGUCUCAUAGGAAAGCAUUUACAAUGCUUUCCUAUGGACGCUGGCGUGCUCUCACUGUGAAAAUCACAGUGAGAAGCACAUUCAAUGAGACAGCCACUAGAGGCUUUGGGGGAAGGCAUAACCCAUUCAUAAUUAUAGCAGUUUCUCUGAAACUGCUAUAAUUAUGAAAAAAUGGGUUAACCCUAGAAGGACCUGGCACCCAGACCACUUCAUUAAGUUGAAGUGGUCUGGGUGCCUAGAGUGGUCCUUUAACAGUGUAAUGGCAAACCUCAGAUAGUUUUAUAUUUAUGUGAAAUUUGAGAAUUUUGACUGUGGUUGAUUUUAAAUGUAUUUAACUGUUGCAUCUUUUGUUUUUUGUUUUGUUGUAAAGAGCACAAGCUAUUAAAUCUUGGCCCAACAGAGCAAUGGUCCAUUCGGGAGAAGCUGUGUCUUGCAUCUUCAGUCAUGCGCAGCGGCGACCAGAACUGGUAAGAGAUUUCUUUCUAAAUUUGUGUGCAUUAUAUUGUAACAUAUUAAUGGCGAGUGAAAAGUUAGCCUGUGCUAAUAGAAAUUCACCCCUAUUUAGUAUGUCAUGGACCCUCCAGGCUUGCACCUUUGAGGAACUUUAAAGGUCUAGCUAAUAGCAUAGGACUAGAAAUGUUAAGUCCUUUUUUUCCCUUGCAUCUUAUGGCUUAUUGUUGCUCCAGACAGUCCUCUUUAGUUCUAUUUGGUCAGGGGUACCAAAUAUCUGCUAAAAAUAUGAACAAUCUGAAGACCUGAAAACUAUCUAGAGUCCAGUUUUGAGAUACGCAUGCUUUUAGGAAUAUUUGCUAGCUCUGAAUUACAGCAUGGAUUUUGGCUUCCUAGCCUCCCCAAUCUAGAUUAUCUCCGCUAAAUGCAAUGUUUCCCCAUAGGGAAGCAUUGGGAACCUAGUGCGCAUGUGGUGCAAAUUGCCACACUGUGUCCAUCAAAUGCUCUUUUUGAGAGGCGUUGAUUCAAUAACAGAGUCUAACUUGGUUAUUGCAGUGAAAGCACCCCUAAAGGCUGUCAGGAAUGUUUAAUUCUGCAUUGUCAGGCAUGUUUUACCCUGCAUUGUUUCUACAAAACAGCAAUGUCUUACAUUGCUGGGUUAAAAUGACAGUAACACUGCACCCAGACAAUUUCAAUGAGAUUAUGUGGUCUGGGUGCGUUUAAUGGAAUGGGUUUACCAUAAAGUGUAAACAUUGCCUGAAUAUACAGUCUCAUGCUGCAUAAUUAAAGGAACACUAUAUUGUCAAGCAUACAAACGUGUAUUCCCGACACUCUAGGUCUAAAUUGCCUCUGGUUAAAAAAGGUUAAUUUACCCUUUUCCAGUGUUCUGCGGGUCUGGUUGUGGUUGGCUUGCUCACGCUCUGCUCCCAUGGCGGAGAUCAUCAAACUUGAUUAUCUCAAUUAAAUCCAAUGCUUUCCCAUAGGAAAGCAUUGAGAGGCUAUUGAGCAUGCGCAGCAAAAUGCAGUAUUGCGCCUAUCAGCAUCUCUGUUCAGCAUUGAAUUAAAGGGACGCUCCAGGCACCAGACCACUUCUGCCCAUUGGAGUGGUCUGAGUGCCAACUCCCACCACCUUUAACCCUGCAAGUGUAAUUAUUGCAGUUUUUAUAAACUGCAAUAAUUACCUUGCAAGGUUAAGUCCUCCUAUAGUGGCUGUCUACCAGACAGCCACUACUAGAGGGACUUCCGUGUUCUUAGAAUCCCCAUAGGAAAGCAUUGAAUAAUCUCUAUGGUGAAAGUUCAGCGUCAGAAGACGUUGAACGUCAGUGACCCAGGAAGCAGCUCUAGUGGCUGUCUGAGUGACUGCCACUGGAGGUGUCCCUAGGCAGUAAUGUAAACACUGCCUUUUCUCUGAAAGGGCCCUGUUGACAUUAAAAAUGCCUGCAGGGACAGACUAUACUCACCAGAACAACUACAUUAGUUGUUCCGGUGACUAGUGUGUCCCUUUAAAAACAAGUCCCUACUUUACUAUGAAUAACUUUUGGAUAAUGUCUUAAAUAGAAAAAAUUUUUAGAUAAUUUUUUUUUUAAAUAACAUUUUUAUUCACUCUGAUUUCUGCAAACUGCUACACUAAUGAAAAUUAUCAGUGACUAUACUUUAUUUUUAUCAUGCAAGUUGCUAAAUAAAUGUUGGUUUUAUCGCAACUUUGAGCUAUUCUUAUUCGAGUUUUACCUUCAUUGCUUAAAUGAAAUGUCUCCUGAUUACUCAAUAUGUAUUUGAUUAGGUUUGUAUAACAUUUUCAGGGUGUCUGUGAGUCGCGCCAUCAAACCCUUCUCAGAACCUGGUCGUCCUCCUGACUGGUUUUCACAAAAGGUAAGAGACAAUCUGGAAUAAUAAAUAGGUAAAGACUUAUGGAGCUGGUACCUCAAGUAUCACCGUGUAGUGGAAAAAUGUGCAAGGAGAUACACUAGUGUACUGCUUUUGGAAUUUGUUGUGAUAGAGAUGUUAGAUGCCUUCACUGCUUCUUACAUGGAGAUGUUAAAAGGUAAACAUUCGUUUCCAGCAUGUCACUACAUUCAUUCUAUAUGAUUCUUUGGGGGAACUAAAGUAUUACAUGUCAUUCAAAACUAUAUAACAAAAUAUCUCCAAAUACCAGUAAUCGCUUUCACCAGACAAAUGCACCUGUUAAACAAUUAUCUUUAGGAUAAAAAGAGCUUUUUACCAAGCUCUCAUUUAAUUUACAUUUCUCAUAGAUAUUAAUCAGUGCACUUAUAUUUUGGUUGCAUUUGUAAAACAAGUUAAAGGACCACUCUAGGCACCCAGACCACUUCACCUUAAUGACGUGGUCUGGGUGCCAGGUCCUUCUAGGGUUAACCCAUUUUUUUAUAAACAUAGCAGUUUCAGAGAAACUGCUAUGUUUAUCAAUGGGUUAAGCCUUCCUCCAAAUCCUCUAGUGGCUGUCUCAUUGACAGGCGCUUGCGUGCUUCUCACUGUGAAAAUCACAGUGAGAGCACGCAAGCGUCCAUAGGAAAGCAUUAUGAAUGCUUUCCUAUGCGACCGGCUGAAUGCGCGCGCAACUCUUGCCGCGCGUGCGCAUUCAGCCGACGGGGCGGAUCUGAGGAGGCAGAGAGCUCCCCGCCCAGCGCUGGAAAAAGGUACGUUUAUACCCCUUUCCCCCUUCCAGAGCCGGGCGGGAGGGGGACCCUGAGGGUGGGGGCACCCUCAGGGCACUAUAGUGCCAGGAAAACGAGUAUGUUUUCCUGGCACUAUAGUGGUCCUUUAAAGGUUAUUUUCAUUGUUUUAUUCAAGCUAUGAUCUUCACAGAAGUCAUGGUUCCCCAUGAAUUACCGUUCUGCACUAAAUGCUUUAUUCCAGAAUUUAGUAUCAGGAAUGCCUAACAUACUUCAAAAUAUAUUUUGAAAUUAGUUUCUCUGCAUGGUUUUUAACAAAAAUUGUUAUUACAUAAUAGGUGAUCCUGAUGCUUUAACAGUCUUGUGCAAAUUUAGCAAAAUACAUAUGUGACAGCUACAGUAGUUUGUUGCGACUUUGCUAUAUUAGGAAGGGAUUGUUAGCUCCAUCUAGUGAUUCUUGCAGUCUUCUGCCUUAAGAGCACAUGCUUAUCAUUGUUGGUGUGAUCCUCUGGCUUGUAAAGGAGUAAGCUGUAUGUAUGAUGAAUGUCAUGAUUUUAUUUUCAGUUACACAAAACUGUCCUUAAUUUUUUAUUUUUUUCCCCCCCACCCUAAGCACUGUGCCUCUCAGUAUUCUGAGCUUCUUGAAACUACCGAGACCCCAAAGUGAGUAUAUGCUAUUGCACCAAAAUGCACAUACCGUAUAUAUCAUUUUAUUUAAUGUUAAUGUAUUUUCAUUUGAUUGGGUAUGUUUAAGAAGUAACAAAUUACUUUGUUGUUUUCAGACGAAAGCGUGGUGAGAGAGGAGAGGUUGUGGAGACUGUGGAAGAUGUUAUUGUAAGAAAGCUAACAGCUGAAAGGAUUGAUGAGUUGAAGAAGCUUAUUAAAGAUACUCAAGAAAAAUACAGGUGAGGAUUACAAAAGGGACCAUUCUCAAUACAAUAUACAUAUGAGAUGAUGAUAAUUAAUUUAAGCCAAGUUGAAAAAUAACCAAGUUUGAGAAUUAUCUCCGUUCAGCUACUUUGGCCUGAAAUGUUCAUUUUUCUUGUCUGUGAUUUCCUGUUUAGUGAAUAACAAAGUGUGUCUGUGAACAUAUCUAUAGCUUAAACUGCAUAUCUGCGAUGUAUUGCUUUCUCUUUAUUACAGCUAAAUAAUGGCAUUUAUUUUGUGUACAGUUAAUCCUGUACUAUGCACCUUCAGUUUCCUCAGCCACCUCCUCUACCCACAAUUACUGGGAUCAGCCAAAGAUAAUUGGAUCAGACAACCAGCCUGUAAAGGACACACAUGGUGUGUACCUUGAAUCCUAGAAGUGGCGUUUGCAGGUUCCACCGCUGAUAGAAAUAUGAGACAGACGCCGGACUUGACAUGAAGAAAAAACACCUCAGUCCACUUGGAUUUUGACAACAAAUAAACCAUACCUUUUAUUGACAAAAUGUGUCUAUCGCACUGCUGAAACAAGCAGGGAGAGAGCACUGGGGCAAUACACUGUUAACGUGUUUUGUGCCUUAACAGCACUUCACCAGAAAAGGAUUGAGGCGUUAUGUUUUCUUCUUCACAGUCUGGCUCCUGUUUCAUAUAUUGGGUCAUUUAUUCCCAUAUUUGUGGAAAUAUUUUUAAAAGUCAUCUGCUUAACUAAGCUUAUUUCCAAUUUAAUCACACGAGAAUUUCAACGGGAACUAUCUACUUCAUCUCAGUUGCUUUUUCUGUGAAUACUCUAAGCACCAAAACAACUUUAGCUUGAAGUAACAAUAUAGUGUUAGGAAUACAAAGCUGUAACAGUUAAAGGGUUUAAAAACUACUUACCGGAUUCCAGCUCCAAAUGGCUCUGUCUCCAACGUCAGUGCCAAGGGGAACCACAUGUACGGUGCGUUCGCAUUAGGCCUUCCCCAAUAGGAAAAUUGUGAAUCAGCUCUUUCCUAUGGGGGAUCAGAAGACAUCAAACAUCCUUUUGCAAAGCAUGAGGAUAUCUAGUGUCGUUUCAUGGAGUCAAACUCUGUGAAAGGCCACGAAGCAGGCUUAACCGUGCAAUGAAAACAUGUUUUCUAUUGCAGCGUUACGGGAGCGAUGCACCCAGACCACUUCAAUGAGAUGACGUGGUCUGGGUGCCUAUAGUGUUGAUGAAGAUCAUGCCCCUGCAGUCUUACUGUGCAAUUCUGUGCCAUUUAGGAGUUAAAUCACUUUUGUUUCUGUUUAUGCGGUCCUUCAUGAAAACAUGAUAUUUUUAUUUCCUGCUCUGUUAAUUGAAUGUUUAUCACAUACACAAGGCUCUUGCAGGUUUUAGCCUUCAAUUAACAGAGCAGAAGAUAAGAAAUUGGUAAUUACUGCAAGUAACACAAGUGUUCUGCUAGUAGCAUACACAUUGUGGGUCUUAUUUAUUUAAUUUUUUUCUUAAUCACUAGGUUAAAAAGAAAAAAUGGGGGUCCUUUAAGCCAGGAUUUUUGCUAACUCUGUCCAUCCAGCCAGAUGUGGCUCAACAACAACUCCUAUUAUUCUCUAGGUAACUAUUUUAUUCAAAGAAUCAUGGAAGUUGUAGUUCAGCAACAUCUGGAGGGUCAGAGUUUGGAGAACCCUGCUUUAAGCUAAAGUUGUCAUCAUUUUAAGCUGUUCUGACUUCUGAUGCUUGGAGUAUCCCAUUAAGUGACCAAAUGUACCAGACUUUUUGUGUAUUGGGACUGGGCAACACUAUCUAUUACAUCUGUUUUAAUUUUCAGAUGUUAUCAUUGUUGAUGUCACUUACAUGAGAUCCUUACAACAAGAGGACUGCUAAAAUAACAUUAAGGUAGCUUGAAUGCCAGAUGUUUUUCACUGGAGCUGGAGGGGAGAAGGGGGUAUAAAUGGGGAGUGGGGGGAUUUAAAGUGGAGCCAAAACAUUUACAAAAGUUAUUAACCAAGAACCUAAGAAGGCAGGGCUUACCAAAGGUCAUGUGCAGGAGCCUGGGCGCUUGAAGUAAGUAGUCUCAGAAAAUGUGAGGAAUGGAACAGGAUGCAAGUAUUUAUUCCAGCCCUCUACAAAAGGGGUAGGGAGCUCUACAUAUUUUGCAUAAUGGAACCGAUGGGAUGCUGUUUGGCCACCUUUUUUUCCCCCAAUAGCUGGGUUAACCUCCCACAUCAGUUCAGCAAAGGUUUGACAGAGAUUCAGAUUUCCAAUAAAAUUUUAGCACCAAGCUGAUGUUUCACUAAAGACUUAUUUUAAAUAGUACUGUGAUGAAGUAGAAUAGUCUAAUUCAAAAACCUCUUGGUUAGCCAGCAUAACACUAUUUACAAUAGAAAUCAAUGAAAAAAGUUGCUUGCACAUUUAAAUAACUGGUGCUCCAAUGGUAUUACACAGACACAUUACAGUGAUGCCACCCACUUCAUGUGGUCUCUAUUAAGGGUUAAUAAGUAUGUAGGGGUUUAUACAUACCGUAUACCCCUCUCUGUCUCAUUAGAGAUUUUACCUUUUAGCUGAAAUCAGCAAGGUGAAUUUUUAGUAAAGAACUCACCUCAGAGGUUUUGCCUUGAUAUGGCAGGUGAACUUACACUUAAAUGACCAUUUGGGUAACACUAAAAAAAACUUCCAGUUAUUUAAAUGUGCAUAGGGAUUUGGGAUAGUGCACAAGUAUAUAUAAUAUAUAUAUUUUCUUUUUUACUUUGUUGUAAGUAUUGGUGCUGGUGUGUACUAUAGUCAUUGCUGCUGUCCAGGAUUGGUGGGAGUUUGAGCGCAAGGCUUAAUUUUGUAUGUUUAUAUCACUAUUUACAUUUGAGCCAAGUGUGAAAUUAGGAGCCAAGAACUGAGUGGAAGGAAACAGGUGUUUGACCUGGUGGUAUUGCAUGGCUUGUUCACAACAAACAUUCAGCUUAGAGAGCGUUUAUUCCGUUUUUGCAGAAAAAAAAUAUUUAAAAAUGUUCAUGUUUUGUCAUUUGCUAGCUCCUUCAGGACAGUGGUCAAUUCAUCCCAUUUUGUUAGUGUUGAAGUAGUUGCAUUGCUAAAUGAUUGUAAAUACUCAAGUAGAACAGGUGAAAACAUACUGUAUAUAAAUUUGACAUGAUGGAUAAAAAACUUUUUUUUUAUUUUUUUUUUUAUUCUUGAUUUGUUAGAAAAUUGAAGAAAGAAGCAGAGUUGAUUCAAACUGGCCACAUGGACAGCAAGCUGGACGAGACCUGGAAUGACAUUGUGAUGUGAGUUCUCUUUCAGUUCCACAUUUACCCAUCUAAAACUUGAGCUGCAGUUUAUAUGAACUUGUGAAGUCUGGGUUUCUGACGACGCUUUUUGCAUUUAGCAAGAAGAAACAGGAGGAAGAGGAGGCGGAAAUGAAGAGAAAGGCCACAGAUGCUGCAUAUCAAGGUACGUCUGUACUUGACUUUAUCUUUAUCUUGUAAUAGCUGCAAUCUCUGACUUUUUUUUUGUUAAGCUUAUUGUAUAAGCAGCACAUCCGUGGCUAUAUCCUCUGCUUUAAAGUUUAGUUUAGCGGAUUGUCUUUUCAGCGUCUCUAAUAUUAAGUUUAUUCAGCUCGACAGGCAGCUAAGAACAUUCCUCGCAGAAUUUCAAGCACAGUGGGCCGUGUCUCUGUUGGAUCGUCGUCUCCAGGAGGAGAGUUCAGCCUAGGGGACUUGACACCAAGCAAUCUUGAGGAGGGAAAUGUAGGGGUGUGUACAGAAAGCUUCCCUAUCAAAAUAUGUCCAUGAUAGACAGAGGUGCCCUUAUUGCUAAAGUGAUAUCACUGCCGCUUAUUCUCAUCUUUAUGUUCUAAUUAUUUUCAGGUAAGUGUGGGGUCUUUGCCAAGUACACCGGUCUCCUCCUUCAUUGGGAUACCUGAUACCCCUCCUCCUCCUGCCCCCCUGGACUCCCCGUUGAUCCCCGUGAUGGACGACUCUCCCCAGAAAAAGAUGGUGGGACAGAAAGCAACUCCGCCCCCCUCCCCUCUGCUUUCGGAACUCCUGAAGAAAGGCAGCCUGUUACCCACGAGUCCCCGGCUGGUAUGGAACCCCACCCCUGGUCCCCACAGCGACUGUCGCCACACUACCCAAAGUUUGUCCAAGGCAGGGCGUACAAUUUAAUAGUCAAAGUUUCUUGCCAUACCCUCUUCUUUUUUUUCUUUCAGGUGAGUGAAGGGGAAUUAGCAUUACCAUCAGGUCACAUUUCUGGUUCAGGUGUUCUUAUGGAUGUUGGAGUUUUGCCAGCUUUACAUGGAAGUGAGAUGCAUCCUGUGCAAGGCACGAUUCCAGCAUCUCCUGCAGCUUCAGGUACGUUUCCCUGCGUGUUUUUUCAGUUGACUCUGUGUCAGUAUGAAGGUUUAUCUGCUAUGUCUGCUGUUAUAUUGUCUCUUCUCUCAAUGCAUUUUCUUUCUAUCCCCAUGUCCCUCCUGUUUCUUGGAACCUUCUCUUUCUUCUUGAAUUCCACCACAUCAAACCUUCCUUUACCCUUUUCUUUCAUACUCCUAAUUUCUGGUAUUAUGUUCCUGGCCUCCUCUCCUGUUCUUUUCUCCCUUUCUGUUCUUGCCUUCUUAGGUGCACCCACUCUGUCCCGGCUUCUAGAAGCUGGCCCUGCACACUUCGCUACACCUCUUGCUUCCUUCUCUGCUGCUGCCACCAGUGAGUCUCCGUCUAAAUCUUUGCUGACCCCUAUAGAGUCUCAGGCCACCAUUGUAAUGAUGUCAGCACUGCCUAUCACUGCAGCUGUCCCAGGUAACUUGCCUUGGGUGUUCUGCUUCUUCUUUUGUUGUAAAUUUGUACUUGUACUGUGGACUAGUAGGCUAAGACCAUUUUUUUUAAGUCACAUGCCUGUUUAUUGUACAUAUACAUAGAAAAUUAAUGUAAUUACACUUUUGUGACCUUUUAAAGGGAUAAGAAAUUCUAAAUUAAACAGAAUGUGCAAUAAAAAGAUACAUUAGUCCCCCAGUGUCCACAGUGAUUAACAAGAUCAAAGAAUGCCAUCUCAUGGACAAACCUACGGCCAGAGUACGAGGCUCCACCAAAGCUUUCACCAGGACCUGGGAAAAUUACCUAAACAGUUAAAGACUUAUAAACAGACUAGGGAUACAACAAACAGGCCAACGACCAAGAUGACACCCCCUUCCAUCCUCCCCCACCCACCACUGGACCGGGAUAACCGGUACCCCGGCCCAAGGUUAUGUUUAAGUUUCACAGUUCGUUACCUUUUUUCUUUUUUUUUUCGUUUGCUUCAUGUUUAAAAAACAAUGAUACCUGGUAAAAGACAAACGUAUGUAACUGAGAGCCACCAUUCAGUGGGCUCAUGCUUAACCCCUUGUUUCAUUACACUAUGUAACCAACGCCUAAAAUUCCACGGGGCUCUUGCACAAGCCAAACUGUAAAGAAGUCUUGCUAUGUGUCAUUGCAAAAAAAAAGAUACAUUAGAUGUCUCUUUACAGGACGUGCUAGUUACAUGCAAGGAUGUGUGACUAGGGCUGUCUAAACAGUGAUUUAACUCAUAAAUGGCAGAGAAUUGAGCAGUAAGACUACAGGGGCAUGAUCUAUACACCAAAACAGCUUUAGUAAGUUAAAGUUGUUUUGGUGACUAUAGUGUCCCUUUAAUACUGGCAUCACCCAAACACAGCAUAAUUGUGAUAACUGUAUUUGCUAGUCUUUUUUUUGGGGGGGGGGAGGGGGAAGGGGAGAUUGUGUCCAAUUUAUUCAUGUCAUUAAUAGAAACCUCAGCAUGUUUUUCCAUGUCUGUUGCUGUUUUGAUUAAGGGAGCAAUAAAAACUGGCAUUUAGCAUUUUUAAUGUAUAAAAUUAAUAUAAAUUUUAUAACUUUAAUAGAAAUUUUUCAAAACCGCUUUGAUCAUUAUCCAUGGCAGCAUUUAAUUAUGGGUUAGCUCCUCUCCUCACAGCAGAAAGGACAGGAAACAGAACUCUGAAAUUGGUAUAAAUAGAUCCUCCCCUUCCCACCAGGCAGUCUUUGUAACUAGCUUCACAAAUCUAAGUAGAUGGGUGGGAACAUAAUUAUACGGAAAAGACCAUUACGGUACGUAUGAAACAGUUUUCCUUAUUCCUGAUCAAAAAUGGCAGCAUGUACUUAUGGGUAAUACCCAAGCAGUAUUAAUAGUGGGAGGGACGGAGUUCAAAUACAACGAAUGGUUAUAAAGAAACAUUAUUGAGCUGUGCAAACCUAAUAAGGCUUAUCAAAAUCCCAAAAAAUAAUGAACAGGAUAUUUUUAUAAUAUCUGCUCACACAAGUUAUUGUAUCCCAAAGGCUGUUGGUCUGCAAUCCCCUGGUAUUCAAAUAUAGGGAAAAUCCUGGAGAAUUAUAGUGCCAGGAAGGGAUUAUGGUCCUUAUAACUAAACCUAUAAAAGAAACUAAUACAAGACAAACUCUUGUAAGAAAUUAGACACCUGUCUUUCUUUGGAGAAUAAUGAAAUAGAUUUGAGGAGAACCUCCAUAAAACGUACAGACAUGGUCUUGAAAAUCGAAGCAUAUGGUGAUUGUAAAAUCCUUAUGUAGCAUAGAUUAUGUGCAAAUAUAUUCACAGCAGUUCAAGCAUAUAACUCACAAAUAUUACAUCACUGCAACAUCUGGAAUUAACGUCACUUAUACGGAUCUGUUAUAAGGAUAACACCCCAACUUAAUGCCACAUAUUGGCUGGAAAGUCCAGAUAGUUGGACACCCAGAAAAGUCCCCUUAAAAAUCAGAACAUGCCAGAAGUGUAGUGGUCCUUCAUCUUCAGUGAUUUCCCUUAUUGUUUUGGUAUGAUGUGAAAUAAUGCAUGACAGAUUAAACCUGGUAGAAUGGUCUGGGGACUAAAGAGUUUUUCCACUGGCAAUUAAGACACUUGUAAUACCCCCCAAAUCAAUAGUACAUGGAGAAUAUGAUCCUAAGACAGUAAACUUUAUCGCAGAAAUAAAAUUAUAUUGUCUCCCCUCCGCCAAACUUACAACUGGUUGAUCCCUGGGACAUUCUGAUUCUUAACCCCUCAAGAACCAGCAUCCAUGGCAUACAUUAAAAGACUGCCAAACCAUAAAGUUCCUAAGGGAUCAAAUAGCAGAAUACUGAAUAUAACAACUAGCAUAUUCUCUCAAUUAUACAGAUUAUGCAUUAGGGAAAUUCACUCAUUUCUAAAGUAAUUUCUAAACCAACUCCAGUGCACUGAGCCUGAAACCUAAAUAAAAAUUAUAAAUCAAACCAGGAGUAGUGAAUUUGUAGAGUAGAAUAUUGCAAAAAUUAAGAAAUGGUUACUAAAAUUGUGACCCGCUGAUACAAACAGCUAGUAUUCAUAACUUUUAAAUUAAAAGUCAAUCAGGUACAUGCUUCCGAGCGUUUAUGCUCAUGGGAGCAAAUAAAAAAAACUGUGCACUGGCAAUCAGUAAUAUAAACUAAGGCUCAAGGACCACCAUAGGCACCCAGACCACUUCAGCUCAAUGAAGUGGUCUGGGUGCCAGGUCCAUCUAGGGUUAACCCUGCAGCUGUAAACUGCUAUGCUUACAUUAGGGUUAAUCACAGUGAAAAGACGCUGACGUCCAUAGGAAAGCAUUGAGAAAUGCUUUCCUAUGGACUGAUUGAAUGUGUGUGCGGUUCUUGCCGCGCAUGUGCAUUCAGUACUGACGUCAGAAGAGGGAGGAGAUUUCCCCAGCGCCUUGGGAGCCCGGAGCUGGAGAAAGGUAAGUGAUUAACCCCUUCCUGAUCCUGAGGGUGGAGGGGACCUAAAGACCCUAUAGUGCCAGGAAAACGAGUUUGUUUUCCUGGCACUAUAGUGGUCCUUUAAAUGUAAAAACAUUCAUUGUCUUGACCAAUGAGGAGAUGGUACCUGGCAAUAGAAAUAUUCUCGUAGUAACUUCUCGGCAUAGAUGUGCACGCGUAAAGCACUAUUGACUAUUAUUGAGCAUUACUAGUCUCCAUUUUUGAAAUCAGGACGACUCCUCUCUAGUGAGAGUGGUAACCAGACAGGUUCAGUAACACCUGCAGUCCAUCGGAAGUUGUUAAUUGCUUAUCAUGGAACACAAGUGGGGAUGGAGAACUCUAAUGCAAAAGCAGAAGGCAACAUGUUUCUCUUAUCCUCUUCAUUUAAAAAAAAAACAAAAAAACCUGAAGUAGAGAAUCCACAGUUUGUAAUAGGUAUUUACCCAGUGCAACAGUGUAUUUGUUUCGGUGGAACUGGGGUAUAUUUUUUCAGCUCAAGCACAGAUCUUAUAUCAGUUGCUUAUACUAAAAAUGCGAAGGCUGUGAAUAUAUUGGGGUUGUUAAUUAACACCAUCUAGCACACACAAUAUACCAAUCGCAUAUACUGAUGAUGUGUUUUAAUGCACAUCGUAUGCAGAGAUUUAAUUCCCAUAUAUUGAGGGUGUGUCUUAACAGCACCUUAUGUACAUAGAUAAUAUAAGGGAGAGUGACAGCUGUUGGGAGAACCCUCGACACUGGAAAAGGAGGCAAGUUUUAGCUUGAUAUUUACACAGCAAGGGUCACUCUAACCAAACAGUGUUUUAUGAAAGGAACAAUUUUUGGUUUCAGUCGCCCUUUAACCCCUUAAGGACAGAGCUUCAGAAGCUAGUCUUUCACUUAAUGACAACAGCAUUUCUUUCAUUUUUGCUGUUUGCGUUCAACUGCAAUUUGCAUUUUACUAAUUUAUUGCACCGACACAUAUUAUAUAUCGUUUUUUUAAAGGACAGAAAGGACUUUAAUUUGGUGUAAGACAUAUAUAUAAAUGCUUAUUUAUUAUAAAAAUACAGAAAAAUGCUGGGUUUUUUUUUUACAGUUUUUGCAAUAAUAAUGUGUGCAUAAUUAGUGCAGGUUAAGGAAAGUAGUUAAAAAUAAAUUCAUUUAGUUGUUCUGAUUUACAGAAUAUAUAAUGUGUCUUGGAUUUUAAGUUUUUUUUUUUUUUGGUAGUUACAGGUCACAAAGCACAAGGAGUAAAACUUUUAAUGUGGAGCGAUUUUAGAAUCUGUCAGAGCGAGCACAUGUGCUGGGGCAGCACUAUCGGGUGCUAAUACAGAGGCAGACCGGAGCACCUUUAACCCCGCGAUCGCCGCGAUAGCUAGUUUUAACGGGUGACGGACAAGGUCCGUCACUCGUCGUUAUGGCAAUCCCCUGAGUGACGGACCUUGUCCGUCACUCGUCGUUAAGGAACGAGAAAUACAAAGUGAGACCACAGGCUUGCCUAAAGAAAUGGAUUUUAAAGGACUUCUUAAAUGAUUGGCUAUGGGAAAGUAUUUGGAAAGCAGCUAGAACAGUCUACUCUACCAGAAUAUUUAUGCUACUUUUAUGAAUGGGUUGGUUUUGUUUUGGUGAUAUUUUUUAGCUUAAGAGCAUUGUUUGGGUUCCCUCUUAGAUUUUUACAUUUCCUGGUGGUUACUGCUAUCCACUACAAACCACUGUUUGUAGAUUGACAGUGAGUUAAAUUUAUUAAAGUUUUGUGUUGUGGGGCAGACACCAGGAACACUGAAUAUAUGCUUUACAGCUUUGCACCAUUUCUCUGAUCACUAUUUCUUCUACUACUCUGUUUAUUAUUCAUGACUUGGCACAUGGCAUCAUGUGUCUCUCCUAACACCGUUUAUAAUGUUGCAAGAUUUCUUUACUAGCAAUUAGAAACAAAGAAAGCCAUUUUCUUCUGGUCUUUAUGAAACAAAAUAGUAAAUGUAAGAUUCAAGCUAAAAAGGUUAUACCGGUACAUCAUGAAAAUGGUAAACCUAAAUCAUAGAUGAAAUAAUAAUAAUUACUUUGCAAACUUGCUAUGUCUUACAUAGUGACCCAGCAGGAAGGCAGUGAUGCUGCUCCAGAUCCACACACAGUCACAGUGUCCAUGGACAGCACGGAUAUUUCCAUGAUCAUAGACUCCAUCAACAAAGAGUGCCUAGGAAGUAGCGAAGGGACCGGACAACCAAAGGAUGCGGUCUCUGAAGUUAAAGGGGACUUGGAUCUAGCAGAAAAGAUGGAUAUUGCUGUGUCAUACACAGGAGAGGAAUUGGAUUUUGAGACUGUGGGUGACAUCAUUGCCAUCAUAGAGGACAAGGUAAAUAAAGCACUGAGCUAGAGUUUGCUAGAAAAUAAUAUUAAAUGAGAGUAGACUACUAAAACAAACCCAAAAAUAGUCACUUAUAAUAUCAAACUUCCCCUUCUCUGAACAGAAGAGAAAGUAAUGACACUUUAAACACAAAUACCACUGUUUGGAAACCAAUGAAUGAUUGGAGUUAUGCCAGAUAGAGGCCAAUAUAUAAUAUAUAGCUUUACUUAUAUAAACAGUUUGUGCGUUUGUUAACACAUGUAACUACAAGGUACAAGCCCGUGUUUUUAUUUAUUUUAUGAUCAGGUGGAUGACCACCCAGAAGUACUGGAUGUGGCAGCAGUUGAAGCUGCUCUGUCUUUCUGUGAAGAAAAUGAUGACCCCCAAGCACUUGGGGGCCCCUGGGAUCAGGCUGUUAAAGAGCAUACAGCAAAGCAGGAAGCACUUGGGCAGUCUCUCCUUACAGGGGCCAAGGAGCCAGAUUCUAUAAUGAACAUCAUGGAGCUUACUUCUGAAAUAAAAACUGAGCCACCUGACCAAGACAUGGAACAGUCACAGACAGAGGGAAGCUCCAUCAAUUCCCAUUCACCGUUUCAUGUCGGCCAUUCAGAACAUACAGAAGAUCUAAGAGGAACCACUCUAAAGGAGCCAAUCAAAGAAGAGGAAACGGAUCAUAACUUGAAAACAGAGGUAGUUAUAUUUAAUACCUAACUUGUUAGUAAUAUACUCUUAUCACUCAGACUUUGCUUAUUUGGCAUUUCUUUUUUUUUUUAUUGCUUGUAGGAGCUCCAUUCUGAAACUUCCCAGAGUGAGACUUUUGCAAAUGAGGAUGAAAAUGGAAUGAAACUGGAGCAGAGACCUGUGCUAAUUGGUGCGCACUAGGAGCAGUAGAAAACAUAUGCUAGUUUUGGGGGUGUAACUAAAUUUAUUGUGGAGUGGGGAAACAUAGAGUGAUGACGUAUACUUGUUCUCAUUGUCCUGCUCCCUCCCAUUUCCAGACCCAGUGAAAUCAGAACCACAGUCUAGCAGCCUCAACAAGGUACAUUUGAUUUGCUUAGGAUGUUUUCCAAACCAUUUACAGUAAUGACAGGAAAAGUUACAUAAACAUUCUCCACCUUCCAUUUCCAUUCUCAGGACUCUCAAGGUGAGGAAGAAGAUGAAGAUGACGAUGUCACAAGUGAGGUUGGAAGUCCAGAGGAGCCCAAAGAAGAGGAGGCAGGAGAAGAAUACCUGUCUGAGAUGGAUAACGAGCCCCCAAUUAGUGAAAGUGAUGAUGGUUAUAGCAUCCAUAAUGCUCAGCUGCAAUCCCACACACUCGCUGAUUCCAUUCCUAGCAGCCCAGCAUCUUCUCAAUUGUGAGUAACAUGGAAAUCAAUGAGUGAAUUUUUUAUUUCAUUUUUUAAUAUAUGUAUCAAACUAAAUUUAUUUGCAUUUAUUAUGAGAAAAUCUUUAUAUAUUUACCAAUAUUUCAGCUCUGUCUGUAGUGAAGACCAGGAGGCUAUCCAAGCUCAAAAAAUAUGGAAAAAGGCCAUCAUGUUAGUCUGGAGAGCAGCAGCCAAUCACAGGUCAGUAACUGAGAUGCAGGACUCACACUGUGUAGCAUAGCAGUAAAUGGGGCGUUGCAAUUCUUGUUUUGUUUUGUUUUGUUUUCUUGUACUGUAAAGAGAAAAAAAAAUCUUACCCUUCAAACCACAAGCUACAAUUUUCAGUUCAUAAGUUUUAAAAAUUAUUUGGAUUUAGAAAAAAUAAAUAAAUUUAAAAAAAAUAAUAAUAUGGGCUAUAUACCAGGACUUAAAAUUCCCCCUUGCCUGUUAGCCAUUUGCGAUUGAAAAUUCCAUCAUGGCGAGUAGAAAUUCACGGCUAGUGAGGGUACCGUGGUACCUCAAGCCUUGCCAUGAAGAGUAUUUUUUAGGCCUGUGUAGCAACAUAGCACUUGUAUUCUGCAUUGUGUACAAAAAAAAAUAUUCACCUCCUUAUUGCAUUCAGGCUGGAUUUAGAUUAUGUUGGGGGAAAAAGCAUGAAUUGUGUGAGUGAAAUAACUAUUAUUGCUUCCAUAAAACCGAUAUCCGCUCCUAAGCAAUAAAUAUAUUGUUAUAAAAUUUACAUAUAAAAGGAACACACAUUCCCAACGCUACAGUAGUGCACAAGCUAUUUGGAUUAUUGGUCCCCCAAAGAAGCAAAAUAUACACUUACCUUUAUUCCACCAGUGUCAUGAUGGAUACAGAAGAUCUCAGUAAAUGGCUAAUCAUUGUUAAAGAUGCGCUUGCCAGCGCAAUAGCAAGCAGUAGGAAAAGGGCUUGUAAGAGAGCCGGGGUAUGGAAUCAAAAAAAAUAAUUACUUGUCCUAGGGACUAAAGCGGUAGCCCAACCUACUUAUCGGUCUUCACAACCCACUUGUCCUGACACAAAAUAAUUUAAUUCACAAAUAUUCGAGCCACUGCCUAGACAUUGACGUUUUGCUAAACUCUACAUCUUACAAAAUUAAAUCUUAAUGGAAAAAUUGAGGCACAAAUAGCUGAACUGGAAAUAUUCUUUUGCAAAUAUUUUUUGCAAAACUGAGUUUUGUAAAUUACCCUAGAAUGACCUGGAGGUAUCAUCUGGAUUGAUGUGAGAUCGUUUAGGUACAGUUUCACAUAAGAGACCACCCCUUCCUCUGCUGCACUGCUAUUGCAAAAUCAACGUUAGUGUAUUAUCAGUGUCACAUUCUUCCAACCUGAGCAGCAUUGAUUGGCUUAGAGCAAGCACUAGUUGUUGUUUUUUUUCUUACAGUAUCCCUUUAAUUUAAAGGCACACUAUAGGCAUCAAAACAACUUUAGCUUAAUGAAGCAGUUUUGGUGUAUAGGUCAUGCCCCUACAGUUUCACUGCUCAGUUCUCUGCUAUUCAUGAGUUAAAUCACUUUUGUUUCUGUCCUUGCAGCCCUAGCCACAUAUUCUCUGGCUCUGACUCUCACAGCCUGCAUGAAAAAGUGGUUUCAUUUUCAAUCAGAAGUUAACUUACUUUAUAUGUUUUCAUCUUCUGCUCUGUAAAUUGAACUUUACUCACACACUGGAGGCUUCAGCAGGAUCUAGAAGUCUAUUAACAGAGCAGGAGAUAAGAAAUUAAAUUAAACAGACUGUGCUUAGUGUUUAGGAAGUCUGUGUACGUCACAUGCAGGAAGGUGUGACUAAGGCCUUAUAACAAAGUGAUUUAUCUUCUAAAUGGCAGAUAAUGAAACCGUGAGACUUCGGGUGCAUAGUGUCCCCUUUACACCUAGCAUAUGUGUAUAAGGUAGUUUUAAAACCAUAAUCAGAAACCAUUAUGAAACAAUAUACAGCCAGUAGAGUAGUUUGCUUUCUACACCGUAGAUGAAAAUUAUAACUCCUAUAAAUCUUAAAAUGUAUUUCUUGUCAUUUCUUAGGUAUGCAAAUGUAUUCCUCCAGCCUGUUACAGAUGACAUUGCUCCUGGCUAUCACAGCAUUGUACAGAGGUAAAAUCAUAUUAUGUAUAUUUUAUACUGCACAUACACAUUUAUGCAUAACAGUGUCACGGCCCCUGGCUCGCCGCCAUGUGCGUCCGUGCCCGACCGGCACAACCGCACCAACUCACUGAGCUUACCUGCUCAGCGGCGAGCCGGGAACCGCUCCUCCACACCGCUUGGGGAAAUACAAGAUGGCGCCGACCAGGAGGUCGAGUCCAUCCAUGGCUCCAACCCCCAAAAUUAUACGAACGUGCGCGUGACGUCAACGCACGCGCACGUUCUGGGGUCACCCUCUGACCAAUCAGAGCCUAGAGAGGGAUAUUUAAAUCCCUAAUUCCCCCCAGUACCUUGCCCAGUCGUGGUUUCCUGUUCCUGGUUCCCUAGAGUGUGUUUAUCUUUGUGAAUAUUACUUCCUGGUAUCCUGAUCUUGGCUUUUCCCUGGUUAUUCCGAAUUCUGGUUCCCCUGACUUGGUUUGUUUAAACGGUAUCUGAGUAUUUCUGGCUUCCUUGACCUCGGCUUUCCCUUUGAUCCUUCUCUAGCGUAUUAGUCCGGCCAUUCUAAGGUCCGGUUUACGCUCUGUCCUUUUAUUUCCUUUCCUUUUUUAUGUAUAUGUUUACAUAGUUUCUGCGUGUUGGACCACACUAGCAGCCGUGACACAGUGCUGUAUGUCAACUUCACUUGAUCUGUUUUCCUGCAGGCCUAUGGACCUAUCUACUAUAAAGAAAAACAUUGAGACUGGUAUAAUUCGUAGCACAGCAGAGUUUCAAAGGGACAUCAUGCUAAUGUUCCAGAAUGCUGUUAUGUACAAUAGCUCUGACCAUGAUGUAUACCACAUGGCGGUGGAGAUGCAAAGGGAUGUGUUAGAACAGAUCCAGGUACUUGUUUCUUUAUAUUGCUUUUGUAGAUGUGUCCUGACGAAUACACAGUGUGCUGAAAGUGCACUUUAACCAAUUUGAGUCUCAAUUGAUGUCUUCAGAAAAUGAAUACUUUAGAUGAGAUCAGGUAUCAGUAGAAUACUGGUAAAGAGUCCCCAAAAUCGUAUUAUAGUUCCUCCAUAAAUGUCAACAUUACUGCUUUAGCACAGGUGGCUUUGAACUGAUACAUCCACAGCUCUUCUUUCAGCCUUUCAUUUCCCUUCAAUUCAUCUUCUGAAUUAAAUGAUAUUUUGUAUAGUUCUGCUCAAAUGGUUUGAUAAAAAUUAGGGUGAUGACAGCUACAAAUAUUUUGCACUAUGACCAUUGUAAUGAGCUGUGGUUAUGGUGUCUAGUGUCCAUUUUAGAUUAUUUAGACUUUAUUUUUAUUAAACCUAAUAUUGGGUUAUAUUUCAGCAUGUGUGAACCAUAUUUAUAGCUUCAGACUUUUGUGCUACAGGAGUCGGUGUAGUUGGGUUUUCUACUUGGAGCUAAAAUAUUCUUAAAUUGUGGAUGGUCAUUCCUCCACUCAUGACUCUCAGAUCUCUGUUUAAAAACAAAAUGAAUGCUGAACAGUAACAAUGUAUAAAUCAAACUAUGCAGUGAAAGUCUAAUGCAUAAAUACAAGCGUUUUCUUUGUUGCUAAAUAAUAUCCGCACACCAAAAUUGUUAUAAAACGUGUUUACGAGAAAAUUGCAAAUUAACUAUACAAAAAUAUUUCAUAUUAUGCAAAUGUAUUCCAAGUGAAUCAUAAUAUUAGACUACAUUUUAACAUGCAAGUUAUAUUUGCUGUCUCGUUAUAUCCUCUAUGUGAGCUAUGGCACAAUUAACUAUAUUAUUGGCAUCUUCUUCAAACAGCAAUUCCUGGCCACCCAGUUAAUAAUGCAGACAUCAGAGUCAGGCAUAAGUGCCAAGAGCCUAAGGGGUCGUGACUCAACACGCAAGCAGGAUGCUUCUGAGAAGGUACAACCAUGCUUAACAUUUCAUUCCCCAAUGGGGAAUGCAUUACAGCUGCUCUGAACGUUUUAUGAACUGAUUUGCCAUUAUAUUAAAGCAUCUGUUUGUGAGUUUGAAGACUGUUUUACAAAUGACUGUGUACAAGCAAUACCAUGCAUGGCAAUUAUACCUGCAUGUUAUCAUAAGAGAGGAUGUAAAAAAUUUUACUACAGUAUUAUAUGUCCUAUAAUGAAGGGAACUGGUUAGUCUUUGCUCAACCGGACCCGAUUAUCCACUGUAGAGCCUUGCUUGUGGGAGAGAAAUAAAAAUAUGGGUUGGGUGGCAUGUACUUGUUCAUUUUGUUUGCUUGGAUUUGCAAGAAAAGCAAGCACUGUAUUUUAUUUGAGGCAUUGUAGACGUAAAACAAAUAAGUACCAGCUGUCCCCUAUACCAUUGUCUGACUCUUGUUCUUGCCACUCUAAUCCCAGUGUCCUGGCUCCUACGCUGCUUUUUGUGCCAUGUAUGUGACCGCUUCUCAGUGUGUCUUGCGUUGGAGAGUCUCCGUGGUAUCUGACCUGUUUUUCUGUUUGUCGUCUAACAGGACAGUGUCCCCAUGGGCUCUCCUGCCUUCCUUCUCUCUCUCUUUGUAAGUAUUGAAUAGGUGCAUUGAGUUGGGGAAAUAAUUUAUUAUGUCUUUAUUUUAUUUACGAUCACACUUGUUUGACAAAGCAAAUAAUAUACCCUUUUAAAUGUGAUUAUUGCUCUCGAGUCUUUCUCUGUGUCUGUUGUGCAACAAUCUGCUUCCUAUCUUUUCCCUGCAUUCUUUCUGUUUCUUUAAAAAAAAAAAAAGAGAGCUAUUUCUGUGUUCUUCAUGCUCUAGAUAGAAAAUAAUGGCUGUAUGGGUGGUUACAGUCUGUUGCUCCACAACCCACCCAAUGCAUAUGCUGCAAUAUCAAACCAAAAGCUAGCAGGGUCAAGUCAAAUGGUCUUCCCUGUGUGAAACAGAAGAUUUUGUACUACAACAGUGUAGCUUGAUCAAUAAGAGCAGUGAUUGAGAAAGCCUUGAAUUCUGAAAGCAGACAGGGUUGAGACAGCAAUUCCCAGCUUAAGAUGUCAGGUAUGUGAUCAGUCUUGAACAUGGCCUAGAAAUAUCCCAUCUUGGGAACCACAGACAUUUUAAGAAUCUGCAGAAUCAAGAUUUCAUGUUACAGUACUGAUACUUCUCACAUUUACCCUUAACAGGAUGGUGGCACUCGAGGUCGUCGUUGCGCAAUCGAAGCAGACAUGAAAAUGAAGAAAUGA